CCUCAGUUCGCAGCCUGGGUUGAUGCCGUGGUGUUUGUCUUCAGCCUGGAGGAUGAGAUCAGCUUCCAGACAGUGUACAACUACUACCUGCGGCUGUGCAGCUACCGGAACACGGCGGAGGUGCCGAUGGUGCUGGUGGGCACACAGGAUGCCAUCAGUGCCACCAACCCUCGUGUCAUUGAUGACUCUCGGGCACGGAAGCUCUCCAACGACCUGAAGCGCUGCACGUACUACGAGACCUGUGCCACCUACGGGCUGAACGUGGAGAGGGUCUUCCAGGAUGUGGCUCAGAAGGUGGUGGCUCUGAGGAAGAAGCAGCAGCUCUCCAUCGGUCCCUGCAAGUCCCUGCCCAACUCACCCAGCCAUUCGUCUGUCUCCGCAGCCUCCAUCCCUUCUGUUCACAUCAACCAGGCCACCAACGGCGGAGGAGCCUUCAGCGACUACUCCUCCUCGGUGCCCUCCACCCCCAGCAUCAGCCAGCGGGAGCUGCGGAUCGAGACCAUCGCUGCCUCCAACACACCCACCCCCAUCCGCAAGCAGUCCAAGCGGCGCUCCAACAUCUUCACGUCUCGGAAGGGCGCCGACGCGGAGCGGGACAAGAAGGUGCCGGAGUGCAAAGCGGACAGCAUCGGCAGCGGGAGGGCCAUCCCCAUGAAGCAGGGCAUCCUGCUGAAGCGCAGCGGCAAGUCGCUCAACAAGGAGUGGAAGAAGAAGUACGUGACGCUGUGUGACAACGGUGUGCUCACCUACCACCCCAGCCUGCACGACUACAUGCAGAACGUGCACGGGAAGGAGAUCGACCUGCUGAGAACCACAGUGAAGGUGCCUGGCAAGCGGCUGCCCAGGGCUUCGGCGGCAGCGCCCGGCGCGAGCCCCAAAGCCAACGGGCUGGCAAAGGAGCGGAGCAGCACACAGCUGGCAGCCAGCACGGGCGCCCCACAUUCCAGCAGCAGCACCUCCCUGCACUCGGAGCGCUCCGUCAGCGGCAUCAACCUGGUGGGCUUCAGCUCCAAGCCCGACGGCAUGCACCAGCGCUCCUACUCUGUCUCCAGCGCCGAUCAGUGGAGCGAGGCCGUGGCGCUGCCCGGCGCCUGCCCCAACCCCGCCAACGGCACUGCCGAUUCCCUCAGCUCCAGCCCCAACAUCUCCACCGCCGCCAGCCCCAAGCUGGAGCCGCCCCCGUCGCCGCAUGCCAACAGGAAGAAGCACCGCAGGAAAAAGAGCACGGGGACGACGCGGCCCGACGGCCCCAGCACGGCGGCUGAAGAGCCAGACGAACCCUUUGAGUUCAUCAUCGUGUCCCUGACGGGCCAGACGUGGCUCUUUGAGGCCUCAACGUCAGAGGAGCGGGAGCUCUGGGUGCAGGCCAUCGAGAGCCAGAUCCUGGCCAGCCUGCAGGGCUGUGAGAGCAGCAAGAACAAGGCACGGCUGGGCAGCCAGGGAGAUGCGCAGGCCAUGCAGGCAGUGCGCACUGCGCGGGGUAACAGCUUCUGCGUGGACUGCGAUGCGCCCAAUCCUGACUGGGCGAGCCUGAACCUGGGUGCCCUGAUGUGCAUCGAGUGCUCUGGGAUCCACCGCAACCUGGGCACGCACCUCUCCCGCGUGCGCUCGCUGGACUUGGACGACUGGCCUGGCGAGCUGCUCACCCUCAUGGCCGCCAUCGGCAACGCGUUGGCCAACGCCGUCUGGGAGGGUGCUGUGGAGGGGUGCCCCAAACCCACCCCCGAGAGCAGCCGGGAGGAGAAGGAGCGCUGGAUCCGCGCUAAGUAUGAGCAGAAGCUGUUCCUGGCACCGCUGCCGCAGUCGGACAUCCCACUGGGGCAGCAGCUGCUGCGGGCGGUGGUGGAGGACGACCUGCGCCUGGUGGUGACACUGCUGGCACACGGCACCAAGGAGGAGGUCAACGAGACCUAUGGGGACGGCGAUGGGCGCACGGCGCUGCACCUGUCCUGCGCCAUGGCCAACGUUGUCUUCACGCAGCUGCUCAUCUGGUACGGGGUGGAUGUGAAGAGUCGGGAUGCCCGGGGUCUGACCCCGCUGGCCUACGCACGGCGUGCGGGCAGCCAGGAGUGCAUCGACAUCCUACUGCAGCACGGCUGUCCCGGCGAUGGUGCCACGCUGACCCCCAGCCUGCCCCGCCGUAACGCCAACGCCAACAACAACACCUGUGCUGCCGUGCCGCCCGAGCUCAGCACCAGCCCCAGCGCCGUGUAGCUCCUCGCAGCGGGGCUCAGGGCUGUUCCCUGCGUGCUCCCCUCUACGGACCCCCGCUCCAUCUGUGCUGUGCCCAGGUCCUGGGACCUCUGCGGCUGGAAGGGGCCCAGCGCUGCCUGUGUGCAGAGGAUGCUCUGGAUGGGGACUCGGUACCCCCAUUUCAUGACCGGUACAGGGGAAGGAGAGACAAUUCCUGUGUGCCCCCAUCACACUGUCGUGUAGGUAGUGCAGGGCUGAAGGUGGUCCGGGGUGCUGCCCACCCCUGUGCAGAGGUAUGGGGAGGACCAGUGCUGCGCCUGUCCCUCUGUCCUCCGUUUGGCCAUGAGGUGCCCCAGUGCAGGGGGGCAGUGGGAGAUGAACGCUUCUUCACCGCAGCCCUCUGGCCCUCUCUGCUUCUGGCCAGUAUGGGGGUCCCCUCACUGGUGCUGCCCACACUGAUGCCAAGGGAAUGGCCUUCCCUGCAGCCCCUGGAUGGACCCCUCCACCCCACUGCUUACCAGAGGGGCAGAGGACGCUCUGGGGCCCAUCUGUGUCUGUCUGUCUGUGUAGAGUCACUGUCCCAUCAGGUUGAAGCCCCACAGCCAUGCGCAGUGCCUCCACCCUGCAGGUCCCACUGCGCCCUGUGGCCGAGCAGGAGGGAGGAGCAGAGUGCCCGCUCUGCUUGGGGCCGUCCUGCAGCUGAGCACCGGGACCCCGAGGCUUCGAGCGCUGACUUGGAACGUCUCCAUCACUUGUGUAUAAAGUGUACAUUGGAAAUAUUUAUAUGGACACUCUGUAUAUAGUGUUUCUUUGCCAUGAAUUGCCCUGUGUGUGUUACCUGCAGCCAAGGAGAUGAAGGCCAAUAAAGCACCCACUUCCUGCCA